AAUCGUGAAAAUAUACCCACCCACCAAUCUAAACACAAAUUUCCUUUCUCGUUCUAAAACCGUGAGAAUUUUGCAACAGCAAUUGAAAAGAACAGAAAGGAAUAAAAAGAAAAGGGAAUGGGGAAGGUGUUUGUGGUGGAGCUAGAUGGAAGGUCUUAUAGAUGCGGGUUUUGUAAAACUCACUUGGCUCUCCCUGAUGAUCUUGUUUCCAGGUCUUUUCAUUGUCGACGGGGGAAAGCCUACCUUUUCAAUAACGUGGUGAACAUAACAGUUGGAGACCUAGAAGAGAGGAUGAUGAUUUCUGGGAUACAUACCGUGGCUGAUAUAUUUUGCUGCUGUUGCGGACAAAUUGUCGGCUGGAAAUAUGAGGCAGCAUACGAGAAGAGUCAAAAGUACAAAGAAGGAAAGUUUGUUCUUGAGAGGGGAAGGAUUGUUGAUGAAAUCGACUUUUCAUCAGAAGUGUACAUUGAUACCCGUCCUAGUAUGAGUGACAGCGAAGAUGCUUAGAAUGUUGUAACUUGUGACCAUUGUAUCUGAAGCAAAGAUCCAAUAAGAGCAGCAGUAAAUUUUGUAGAUUACAUAAGAAAUAAUGUAAUAAAUUGCCAUGGAAGAUUAGGUACUGUAACUUGAUUCCGGUGAAAAAAAUGUACUGCACUUAAUGAUAUAAGUUACAUAUUCUCAAAAAAUCGAAAACCAAUUUAAACCA